GGAUCUAUCUUUCAUCAAGGUGAUGAACGUUGGCCGGCGUUUCCUCGUGAACCGCGUGCAGGAUUACAUCCAGAGUAAGAUCGUCUACUACCUCAUGAACAUCCACGUGCACUCUCACUCCAUCUACCUGUGUCGGCACGGAGAGAGUGACCACAACGUUGAAGGCCGCAUCGGUGGAGACUCAGAACUUUCUCCUCGAGGGAAACAGUUCGCCCAUGCCCUGCGAGAUUUCAUUGAGGAGCACAAACUGUCAGAUCUGAAGGUGUGGACGAGCCAGCUGAGGAGAACCAUCCAGACGGCGGAGGAGCUGGGCGUCCCUUAUGAACAGUGGAAGAUACUCAACGAGAUUGACGCAGGUGUGUGUGAGGAGAUGACGUACGAGAUGAUCGAGAGCACAUUCCCAGAGGAGUUUGCUUUGAGGGACCAGGACAAGUACCACUACCGCUACCCAGGAGGAGAGUCAUACCAGGACCUGGUCCAGCGUUUGGAGCCCGUUAUCAUGGAGCUGGAGCGGCAGGGCAACGUGUUGGUCAUCUGCCAUCAGGCUGUGAUGCGCUGUCUGCUGGCUUACUUUCUGGACAAGAGUGCAGAAGAUCUACCGUACAUGAAAUGUCCGCUCCACACAGUGCUCAAGCUAACACCUGUUGCAUACG